ACACGUGGCUAGGAAUGACUGAAAAAUCACAGUCCGCAACCUUUGAGGUUAGGUCAUGUAAGACGCUAAUAUCGUUCCGUACCAUCGAGCUUGCGAAUACUGAAUCAAUAGAUUAACUAACUUGCUAACGAUCGAAGUUUAGCUGCGCUCAUAAUUAUUCGUACGGUUUAAACUCAUAGCGGGCUAUUGAUGAUAUCGGAGUUUCGGACACUAGCAUCAUGACCUCGUUGACAGCUAUUCCUACCGUGUCGCGAAUAUCAAGCCGUGUUAUUCGUAUCCUCGGUUGCAAUCCAGGCCCGAUGACGUUGCAGGGGACAAACACGUACCUCGUUGGUACAGGACCAAGACGGAUUCUGAUCGAUGCGGGUGACAAAACAACGUCGACCGAGUACACAAAGCACUUGACCGAGGUGCUUAAAAGCGAAAAUGCGACAUUGGAACACCUUUUGUUGACCCACUGGCACCAUGAUCACAUCGGCGGUGUGUCGGCGGUGAAAGCAUUGGUGGAAUCCAGAGUAACCGAACCGAACAAGUCGAAAAAUUGGGAAAUUUCAAAAAGUGACCGACUCAGGGUGUCGAAGUUACCCAGGGCGCCAGAUGACCUUCAAAAUAUCAGCGACGACGAACGUUCAUUGAAAUGGGAGGCCAUGGAGAACGGGCAAUCAUUUCGGACGGAAGGGGCGACUCUGACAGUUAAAUGGACUCCAGGUCACACGACGGAUCAUGCAUGCCUGAAACUCGAAGAAGAGAACGCGAUUUUCAGUGGCGACUGCAUUCUGGGUGAGGGAACGGCCGUCUUCGAGGACCUCUACGACUAUAUGGCUUCACUAUCAGAGAUCCUCGAUAUUUCUCCAAUACUCAUUUAUCCAGGACACGGACCGGUCAUUGAGGAUCCUGUGCCUCGAAUAAAGUUCUAUAUCGCUCAUAGGCACCAGAGGGAAAAGGAAAUCCUUGAUGUCCUCUACAAGCACGCCACCGAGACACCGAUGUCGGAAAUUGACAUAGUUCGACGUGUUUACAAAGAUACCCCCGAGAACCUCUGGAUUGCAGCUGCUGAGAACGUUAACCAUCAUCUGAAGAAGCUUCUGAAGGAACGGAAGGUCCGCGGGGAUACGGGAGCCUGGCUCAAAUGCGUUUGAAUGUAUGCAGCAAUAAAAAUGUACUGUUGAUUUACAAACUAGUAUUGUAAAGCGAUAUUGUAAUAUGUCAUCACAAGCAAUCUAACGCAAAAACAGAGCUCAAAAUGUACAUAAUGUGAUAUGAUACACAAAAUAUUCACUUACUUCAGAAUCCAUAAGAUUUUUUUUCAUACAUUAAAUUCUGCCAAAAUAGUGACACAGAUUUAACCUUCGUCUUCACAGAGAGGGAAAGAGGGAUAAAGAGAAAGGAAGUAAUAAACUGAUAUUGUCUUAAUAAUUGAGGUGGUAAGUUGAAUGCAUAACGUUUGCGUGAGUUGAUUGGCAAAUCUGUUUCAGAACCGUUAUGCGUAUGUCACAAUGAAGUUUGGAAGGUGGUGAAAAUUUUGGGUAGGAAAUUAUCGUUGGUGAACCAUUUCGUAUCAAAAAUUUAGUUAUGCGUCAUUUAUAUAAUAUAUAUCUGAUUAGU